AUGCCUCCUCGUGGCAGCGAAGGUUUAGAUUUUACGCCAAUCUUAACACAUUACCUUUUCUUGUUUACGACAAUUCUUGCGGUGUUGGCAUGGUUCAUCGCGUUUAUCUCGCAAUGUAUCGUAACUGCUCAAUUCCAUGAACAAGCUGUUGGCGUUGGGUGGUUUGGGAUAUUCCUCCAAUUAUUCCUAACCCUUGGCGUACUGCAUACCCUAGCAAGCGAUUCAAUAGCCAUGCAUCGCUUCCAAAUAUCAGUAUUUGGUGCUAUCGCAAUCGUUAUGGCUGUCAUUACCGUCAGCAACAGUAUUUUUUCUGGAUUUGCUGCGCUAGACGCUAUGGCUGCCGGAUGGCUCGUUAUUGCAAUCGUGGACAUCCUUUGGGUGAUCUAUUUCACAUCAGAAGAAGAUUCUCUCGCAUUCCACCUCUUCAAUUCUAUGGGCACCGGCGGCCUCACACCACCAUCUCGCCGUCGUAGGACUCGCGGUGCGAGUAACAUUGGGACCAAUGGCUAUGCAGCCAACUACUCUUCUGGCGGCGGUAUCGGUUCACAUGAUAUGCCCUAUGACAGUGCUAACAAGAUGGGCGGUACCGGUCCCGGGGUUAGGAGUCAAAAUAGCUUUGUCGGCGGCGCUAGUAUGGACGGUGCACCCCGCAGUCUUGGCCCCGCAGCUGUAGGCAGUGUUCAUAGCACACCAAAUCCUGCACCGGUUUCCCUAAAUGGCCCUGACAACAGUAUGGGUCCAAACUCACCGUUAAUGGGCCCUGGUGCUGCAGGUGUAGGCGCAGGUGGCGGUACUGGUGGAGGUAGCCCAAAUAUGCCUGAAGCCAGCACGGGCGGGCCAGAGGCAUACGUCUACAAAGCAAAAGCAUUGUAUGCUUACACUGCCUCUCCAGAUGAUCCAAAUGAAAUCUCAUUUACGAAGGGUGAGAUUCUUGAUAUCGUCGACAAGCAAGGCAAGUGGUGGCAAGCAAAGAAAUCAGAUGGUACGAUGGGAAUUGCACCAUCAAAUUACCUUCAGGUCAUCUAA